UUUAUGUAACUUACGGCGUCAGAAUAUAGCUCAGAAUUUACUGUUGUGCGGUCAGCGAAGGUUAAAAUACGUCGAUAUUGUAAUAAAAUAUCAACAGAAAGAUAUUAUAUCGCUAAUAAGAUCGUUAUUUUAGGGUAUGUUGGAUGAAGCUGUGAGGAUCUUAUUAUUCACCGUAGAUUUAUUUUUCCAAACAAAGACAGAUGUGAAUGGCACUCUGGACAAUCGUGUGAAACAGGGAUUAACUUAUUAGAGAAAAAAAGUCUCGAUACCGCGUUGAAAAGGUCGUGUUUUCUGCUUACUACAAUCCCUCAUGAGAAGCUCGUGGCAGUAGAUCAACAUUGCUGCCUGAACUGAAACCAUCUGAAGCUGCUCACACCGGCGCCUCCUGGGUGCUGUUAGAAAGGACUGCAGACGUUCAUAUUUCACAGUGCUGUUACAUGUAAGAUACGUGGGACAUGGAGCAUCUGGAUUGUCCUAUAUGCCUGUUUCUUCUGUUUGAACCAGUGACGAUGAGCUGCGGUCACUCGUUCUGCCGCAGGUGCAUUAUGGGAGUCUGUGUACCGUCCAGAUGUCCAGUCUGCAUGGAAAGGCUAAAGCAAAGGGACGCAAAAAACAUAAAAAACAACGUUUUGCUCUUCUGUAUCAUUGAGAAAUACUGCCCUGAGGAAACCAAGACGAGAUCUGAAAUACAGGAGAGUCUGGUGGCUGGAGACUUUACAAAAGCACUGCUAAAGAUAGAUCCUGUUGAUUUGAGUCUGAAAGCAUGGAAGGCAGAAGCCAACAUAGGGCUCCGGUGCUUUUCUGAAGCUCUUCGUGACCUGGAAGAUUUGUGUUGUGCCAGGCCAAACUGGGCUGAGGCAUUCUUCCAAAGAGGGAAUGUGCUGCUGGAGAUGGGGAGACUGACCGAAGCUCUUAUGCAAUUUCAUCACUGUCUAAAACAGCAGCCUGAAUUUGCUGCUUCUAAGAACCAGAUUAGGAAGGUAUGGGAGAUCUUGGAGAUGGAGGGCAUGGUCACACCAGAGGAGGUGCCCCAGAUCUUGCAAACUGUGGGUGAUUAUCUUCGAGACUGCAGUUCUCAAACUGAUACCUUUGGUUCUCCCCCCACCGAGGGCCUGAAGUUACCCUGGAAGCAGAUGGAGGACAAGUUUCCUUGUGAGCAGCAGACUACAUCUCAUGUCAAGCACAACUCCAGUACUGAGUGCCAGCCUGUGUCUUUCAUUUGCACAGCCCAGGAGAAUAAGGAGCAGAUGUUAAAGAAGAAGGAAAUACAGAUGAGAGCAGACCAGGAGACAUCACCCCUGUCAGUGUCUGACUUUGAGUGCCCCCUCUGCAUUAGGCUGUUCUAUGAUCCGGUUACAACACCAUGUGGGCACACAUUCUGCAAGAACUGUAUUGAGAGAAGUCUUGACCAUAAUCUUCGCUGUCCACUGUGUAAACAAGCACUACAGGAAUAUUUCAAGAAAAGGAAGUACAACCCCACGAUUCUACUGCAGGAGAUUAUGACCCGCCUCUUCCCCCAGCAGCUGGCUGAAAGGAAACAAGUGCAUGAUACAGAGAUGGCUGAGCUUUCCAAUUUGACCAAAGACAUCCCAAUCUUUGUGUGUACUGUGGCCUACCCCGGUAUCCCAUGCCCACUGCAUGUUUUUGAGCCACGCUACAGGCUGAUGAUGCGCAGAUGUAUAGAGACUGGCACCAAGAAAUUUGGCAUGUGCAGCUAUGAGCAUGGGAAAGGGUUUGCAGAUUAUGGCUGUAUGCUGGAGAUUCUGGACCAAAAUGUGCUCGCUGAUGGCCGCUCUUAUGUGAACACAGUGGGAGGAAGUCGAUUCCGUGUGCUUCAGAGAGGCCAGCGGGAUGGCUACCAAACAGCUGACAUUGAGUACCUACAAGACCAUAAGGCAGAUGAUGCUGAGCUUGAAAUGCUGCAAUGCCUCCAUGACAGUGUGUAUCAGCAGGCCAGGGAGUGGUACCAAAGACUCAACAGCCGCAUCCGGGAGCAGAUCAACCAACAGCAUGGAGACAUGCCUGAGAGAGAGGAUAACAUUCAGGCAUCUUCUGAUGGUCCUGUGUGGUGCUGGUGGCUUCUGUCUGUGCUUCAGUUAGAUCCAGCUUACCAGACAACAGUUCUGUCCCUUACCACCCUGAAGGACCGAUUGGGACAUCUGCGUAUUGUAUUGGAGUACUUUUCUCAGAGAUAGGACAACACACAUGCACGCAUGCGGUACACACACACACACACAUUCAGGGCUUUGUCCUUUUUUCACUGCCUUAGAGCACAUUCAUGCUGGACUGGUAAUUAUUUGUGCAAUAUGUCUGGGUAUUUUUGUACACUAUAUUUAGUUUCCAACUACAAUGGUUUGGUUCGACUUCCAUUGUUGUUUACCUGAGCAAUUAAGUUUAAAACAGUAGAUAAUUUAGGCUAGAGGUGUGCACAGGGAUUCGGCAUAAAUUAGUACAGAUAGGACAUUUUUGGAUAUGACGCCUUUAGGACACAGAAAUGCAAUUCUGAUUAUUAGCAUAUUGGGAUUUGGCAUGGCAUUUGCUUAUAUAUUUAAGCAAAAUAACUUACUCUAUGAGCAGGUGAAAAAAAUGAUUACUGUGAAAAAUAAUAAAAUAAAUUCAGGAAUGCGCUUUAUUUCUUUUUAAGAGACUACAUUAGUGGAAUUAAAUAUACAAUGCUGUGCAUACCUUUAAUUUAUACUGUACAAAUACAUACAGGUAUAGAGCACAAAUUAAUCACUGAUACUUGUAUAUUGAUGAAUCUAUAAACUUGACUAUGUAUGUACAUCUAUCAUUGUAGAAGUCCUGAAUCAAAUAUAUGAUGCCCUUUGUAAAAUGACAGAUGAUCAGCUGUCACCUGCCGCAAGAAUGCUAUCCUAUGUGUUGCGAUCGUGACAUUCUUAUUAGAAUUGAACUGUAAAAUUCUAAUGUGUGAAGUUUUAAUACUGCUGAAUAAGGCUGUGUGUUAUGAGCAUGUUAAAUCCUUUAUGCCAUUUUAAAAUUAGAGCUUCCGAUUAAUACUCAUAAUUCAAAUAGUGAUUUGAAUAAUACCUCGAGGCAAAUUAAUAUUGUGAUAAUGGUGAUAAGGAAUCAAAUAAUUUAUUUUGAACAGUUUGAAUGGAUUUAUGCUUAGACAAUGGAUUUAGGCUGAGCAUCAAUGAUGAGAGAAUUAAUGCCACUGAACUCAUAUGUAGAGGUACAAGAUUAUCUAAGAUUGUGUCCAUGUUAUUUUGUGGCCAUCAGAAUAUUUUUAAGAGCCAGUCUACUGUAUGUGGUUUUCUCAUCAUCAUCUUGAAAGGGAUUUGUGCCUUUGGGUUUUAAGUCUUAAUCUGGACGAGUAAGAUUAUGUACGUUUGGUACUUUGUAAAUAGACUGAAUGAGUAAGCAGAUAAUAAUGAUAAUAAAAAAAAAUCAAAAAUAAUAAUAAUUAUCACUGUUAUCAUAAUCAUCAUUCGAUAAUGAAGAUAAGCUUAAAUUAAAAACAAUUUAUUUUUAUGCUGUUAAUGUACUGUGUUAAAGUUCUGGUAAAGGGAUAAUAAAUGGGUGAUAGAUAGGUGUUGGAUUGGUGUUGGAUGUAAAAAAAAAAAAGAAAGAAAAGAAAAUCUGCAAUCACUAUUUACACAUUUGUUAAUCAACACAUUUUUCUUCUAGUGCAUUUUAUAUGCAUUUUAUCAGCAAGAUGGAUUUUUUGUCACUAGUGAAGGGAUUCCAAAAUUAUGUUUUAUAUAUUAAUUCCAUAGCAAUAAAAAUGAAUGUUAGACAUGUAAUUCAGUUUGAUCAGCCUGAGAGGGCCAAGCAAGUGUGAAGAUUUCAUUAAGUAGAGAUUUCAUUAAGCUUGUUCAAGUCAUGCAGAAAUGUGAUUUCAGACAGCUUUGGAGAAAAUUUUUAAUCUUUCAUUUUGUUUUAAACCCUUUCUUCUGAAUAAAAAUAAGCAAUAUUAAAUUGAGUAUUA